AUGGCCAAGGCCACCACGAAUCAUAGCUCUAACAGAGAGCUGACGCGCAACAACAACACAAAUCCAACUACCACUACCAUCACCACCAACGAAGAGCAGCAUGGUCUGCUCGCGGGAACUGCUUCCGACGAGGAAGGCGAGGACACGGACAGAGACGCAGACACAGGCAUACGCAAGGGCGAGAAUGGCAUCAUAGCGCACCAGGCGAGCGGCGAGCUCGAAGCUCCUCCCGCCAGCUCCAUCCGCGCACCCGGCACUCCUAGAACCCCUAAUCGAGUCCGCUUCGACCUACGACCUACCAACAUCCCGCCUGCUGCUGCUGCGAAUGGCGAGGCCCACGGCCGCGACCACCGUCCAGCGGGCGAGCCUACCGACUACUUCGACGUCGCCGAGCCCGACAGCCCCGGCUACGACGACGACAACGACUAUGACGACAACUCCACGUCCAGACACCCGCUGCUAACCGACAUCGAAGCCCCCUCCGUCGCGCUAGCCAACAGCCUCGAGGACGACGUGCAGGCGUGGGCGGAGCGCGAGCGCACGCGGCCCAAGUCGGGGCUGCGCUCGGCGUUCAUGAACAUGGCGAACAGCAUCAUCGGGGCGGGGAUCAUCGGGCAGCCGUACGCGUUCCGGGACGCGGGGCUGGCGGCGGGGGUCGUGCUCCUCGUGGGGCUGACGGUCGUCGUCGACUGGACCAUCCGCCUGAUCGUCAUCAACAGCAAGCUGAGCGGCGCCAGCAGCUUCCAGGGCACCGUCGAGCGCUGCUUCGGCCGCCCCGGGCUCGUCGCCAUCAGCGUCGCCCAGUGGGCCUUCGCCUUCGGCGGCAUGGUCGCCUUCGGCAUCAUCGUCGGCGACUCCAUCCCCCAGGUCCUGCGCACCGUCUGGCCCGGCCUGCCCGACCUGCCCGUCCUGUGGCUGCUCGCCGACCGCAGGGCCGUUAUUUGCUUCUUCAUACUAGGGAUUAGCUACCCCUUGACGUUAUAUAGAGAUAUUGCCAAGCUCGCCAAAGCAAGUACUUUUGCUUUGAUCAGCAUGGGCAUCAUUUUAGUUACUGUCGUCGUCCAAAGCGUUCUUACACCCGUGGAAAACCGCGGCUCUUUUAAUUUACGGCUACUCACAAUAAACGAUGGAAUAUUUCAGGCUGUCGGCGUUAUUUCUUUUGCAUUUGUUUGCCAGCAUAAUUCUCUCCUGAUUUACGGCUCCCUAAAGACACCAACGAUAGACCGGUUUGCAAAGGUGACGCACUACUCUACGGGCAUCUCCAUGCUGGCAUGUAUGAUUAUGGCCCUCGCGGGCUUCCUUACCUUUGGGGACAAGACUCUCGGAAACGUGCUGAACAACUUCCCGGCCGAUAACACGAUGGUGACGAUCGCGCGGCUUUGCUUCGGCUUGAACAUGCUCACGACGUUGCCGCUAGAGGCGUUCGUCUGUCGGGAAGUCAUGAUGAAUUAUUGGUUUCCCAACGAGCCCUUCAAUAUGAACCUGCACCUAAUCUUCAGUUCCGCAUUAGUCGUGUCGGCCAUGACUCUGAGCCUGCUGACGUGCGAUCUCGGAGUCGUAUUCGAGCUCGUUGGUGCGACGAGCGCCUGCGCGUUGGCGUAUAUCUUGCCGCCGCUGUGCUAUAUCAAGCUGAGCUCCAGGUCGUGGAAGACGUACGUCGCUAUGGGUGUCGUGGCGUUUGGGUGUGCCGUCAUGGUGAUUAGUAUGUUCCAAGCUAUUGGCAAGAUGGUCAGAGGUUAGUCCAACUGGCCGACGUGGCUACCCGUCUCUUCUCCGUUAUUUAAGAGCUGACUUAUAUGUUUCUUUCUCUUAUGCAGGCGGGGGUGAGCCGUCUCGGUGUGUCUAAGAGGCUAUUAGAAGUCUUAUUCCCGUAUUCCUUGCCCUUGUCCUUGUCCCGUUGUAUUAUUAUUAUGCUUAUUAUUCACAACACCACGUACUGUGAAGGCUUUUUACUCCAUCUAGGUCCUUGGGGUGAAAGCAGAGAAAGGAAAAGGGGAGGGGGGGAGGAAGUAAGAAAAGGGGCAGGGAGGCAAACUGCAUGCUGGCUGCAUACUGCAAGCAGCAGCUAUUUAAUGACUCCAGUCUCCCGGUCUCCUCCCUCUCUUCCUUUCUCAAGUCUCCAUCGAAAAAAUUAAAUAAAACGGUCGCGCGACGGUUGAAUCAUCAUCGGGCAACACCCCACCGGUCGAUGGCAGCCCCAUUAGCGGCAUGGCGGCAUCGGCAGCACGGCGAAAAGCUGCAGGGCGUCGAAUUCCGAGAAUGAAGAUGAAGGAAAGGCGUGUCUGUGAUUUGAGCAAUAUACUCUUCAGGCGGAGGGGGGAUCCGCCUACGUGCAGUGCAGUGCCAG